AUGGACGAGAUUGACGUACUGCGACAAAAAAUUAGAGAACUUGAGGGCAAAUUGUUGAAAGAACAGCAAAAAAAUGUGUUUACAACAAGAGAGAAAAUAGAACAUAUGUCAAGCGAAGUGACUGAUUCAAAUCCUUACAGUCGUUUGAUGGCCUUAAAACGUAUGGGUAUAGUAAGUAAUUAUGAAAAAAUAAAAGAGCUGACAAUUGCUAUAGUUGGAAUAGGUGGAGUCGGUAGUGUGACUGCUGAAAUGCUAACAAGGUGUGGAAUUGGCAAGUUGAUACUUUUUGACUACGAUAAAGUAGAAAUGGCAAACAUGAAUAGACUUUUCUUUCAACCUUAUCAAGCUGGCCAAAAUAAAGUGGAAGCAGCAGCGACAACAUUGCAAUACAUAAAUCCAGAUGUAAAAAUUGAAACUUAUAAUUACAACAUUACUACGAUGGAUCACUUUGAACAUUUCACGAAUGUCAUAAACACAGCAAGUUUAGUCAAGGGUCCAGUAGAUUUGGUUCUGAGUUGCGUCGACAAUUUUGAAGCACGGAUGGCAAUUAAUACUGCUUGUAAUGAACUUAAUCAGAAAUGGUUUGAAAGUGGAGUUUCUGAAAAUGCAGUUUCUGGUCAUAUUCAAUUUAUAAUUCCUGGGGAAACAGCUUGCUUCGCGUGUGCUCCUCCAUUAGUGGUAGCAGAAAAUAUAGACGAGAAAACGUUAAAACGAGAUGGUGUAUGUGCAGCAUCUUUGCCAACAACUAUGGGAAUCGUUGCAGGUUUUUUAGUUCAAAAUGCAUUGAAAUAUCUUUUAAACUUUGGCGAUAUUACCUAUUAUUUGGGUUACAACGCUAUGCAAGAUUUCUUUCCUACAAUGACGUUAAAACCAAAUCCUAACUGUGAAGAUAGAUAUUGUAGGGAACACCAACUAGAAUAUGCUUCAAAACCAAAACCAGAACAGAGGGUAGAAGAAACAGUUGAAGAUAAGCCUCUUCAUGAAGAUAAUGAAUGGGGAAUUACUCUUGUCGAUGAACGAGAUCAACAAAUUGAUGAAAAAGUACAUAGUGCUUCGCAUUCAAUUGAUUCUCAAAUUAAUCAAAUUCCGUCCAAAUGUGACGCUAGUUUAGAGGAACUAAUGGCACAAAUGAAAUCUAUUUAA